GCACACAUGGAACAAAGGGGAAAUGUAACUGAGUUUGUGCUCUUGGGGCUCACUCAGAGCCCCCAGGGUGAAAAGAUAUUAUUUGCUGUAUUCUUCCUUAUCUAUAUGUUGACAAUGACAGGCAACAUAUUUAUUGUCUUAACUGUGGUGCUAAGCCCAGCCUUGGACUCCCCAAUGUUCUUUUUUCUUGGCUACUUAUCCUUUAUGGAUGCUGUUUAUUCCACUACAGUUACCCCAAAUAUGAUUAAAGACCUACUUUAUAAGAAGAAAACCAUUUCCUUCAGAGCUUGCAUGACACAACUUUUUGUAGGUCACUUAUUUGGUGGCAUUGACAUAAUAAUCUUAGUCGUCAUGGCCUAUGAUCGUUAUGUGGCCAUCCACAAACCCUUGCACUAUCUGACCAUCAUGAACCAACAGCGGUGUGCUCUGCUGCUGCUGCUCACCUGGGUUGGGGGUGUUGUGCAUGCUGCCCCACAUGUUCUUUUUGUUUACAACCUUCCUUUCUGUGGCCCCAAUGUCAUCGACCACUUUAUCUGUGACAUAUAUCCUUUAAUAAAACUUGCCUGCAUAGACACCUAUGUUGUUGGCUUCACUGUACUGGCCAAUGAUGGGGUUAUUUCUAUAGCCAUAUUUGCAAUCUUGCUGGUUUCUUAUGGUAUCAUUCUGCACUCCCUGAGGAACCUGAGUCAGGAAGGGAGGCACAAGGCCCUAUCCACAUGUGGCUCCCACAUCAUGGUGGUUGUGCUCUUCUUUGUUCCUUGCUUGUUUAUAUAUGUGAGACCUCUCUAUACCUUACCCAGUGAUAAAUAUUUAGCUGUGUUUUACACUGUUAUUACUCCUAUGCUGAACCCUGUAAUCUAUACUCUAAGAAAUGCAGAGAUAAAAAGUGCCAUGAAGAAUCUCUGGACAAUGAAAUUAAUAAAAUAA